AUGAACAUCUCCGACUCUCCUCUAUUCAAAGAAUUUGCUCGACCAAUUCUUAUCCCUGAGCCUCGUCGCAGCAGGGCGUUUUACUCACCAUUGAUUAUCGUGGAUACUUUUGUGCAGCAUCUCCUCGACACUGCUAAGCUUGAAACAACUCAGUUCAAGAUCAGCAAUGCCACCGAAAACUCUUUCUAUCUUACCAUCCAAGGGCGUCUUGUUGGGACAGGAACCAUUCCCAGUACUAUCAACGCCAUGGAGGCCACUCUAUCUUUCAACGGAUCCAGCUUUGGAGAGGUUAAAUUGCCACAAAUACAGACGAGUUACUGGGGCACGGAUUUUGCUGUCCAGGAGCAGCGCGUGGAUAUCUCCAACCACGCUACAUACUGUCAUUUUGUUCGAAGUCUCAUUGUUGACAAAGAUACUUGUCUUCGAGUUCAGAACAACGAGUGUACCAUACGGGCGCUGAGAACUUCGUCAACAUGCAGCGUGCGCAUCGAUAUGCCACUAAAAGCCGUGGACGGGCCACAUCUGGCCCUCAAGAAGGUUUCGCGCUCGGGAAAACAUGUCAAAAUGGUACUUAGCACGAGUUACUCAGGCCCAGUGGAACUCAGUCAUGGGCUGUGUCUCUUCGAGCUUCGGAAUGGCCCUGGAGAAGUAUUGGCAGAGCUAAAGGGAGACUUGAAUAUUUCCCAGAGCGAGAAUGAGCUUGUGCUGCACGGUACAGCAAAUCAUGGGGUGAUACCUUCGCAGAUGGUCAGGCUGGUAGGAGUUGGGGUGGAAGAGGACAAAAGAUCAUGGCUUAGUGAGACAAUCAGAGAAGUCGAUGUUGUCUUCGAUCUGGAGCCAGAACAGGCAGAGACGCUGUGGUUUUGA